AUGUUUUCGUCGUGGGAUUUAGUACGCCCAACGCUAUGGCACCCCAUGUCAAUGCUGGAAUUGUCGAUGAUGGACAUGAAUGCGAUGCCUCAAUUAUCAAUGAGCAUGCAGCAGCAAAAGGAGAAGAAUGAGACACCCGCAGAAGCUGAGAAUAAACGCGCUUUCUCGUCGUAUUCGUUCAGUAGUUCGUCGGUCGUGGAUGAGGAAGGGCGUAAAGUGAUGAGUACACGUCGACGUUACGAAGACUCGACGGGUCGUCUGAAAGCCGAGCAUGAGCGUGAGGUCAUGGGUAAACGUCUAAAGACGGUGUGGAACCGAAAGUACGGAAAUGAUGAAGGUGAACACCAUACGAUUUGUUCUCAAAGUACACCCGAGGAGUUUGAAAAGCUCUGGAGUACGACGCCAUUUGGCAAGGCCCAGGAGAAGAAGAAGAAGGAGUUGAAGGAAUCGAGCGAGGCGGCGCAAGACGAGCAACAAAAGCAAUUGAAGCAACAGCAGGACCAGCAUCAGAAGCAAGAGACGACCAAGUCUGCGUAA